AUGAUUCCAGGCAGAAGCUGCUCUCGGGAUCCUAUACGCAUGUCUCUCUGUGAUUUAUUCCUCAUCAUCACAAUCUCCAACUGUGGUCCAUCAGGUUUGGGUGGAGCUUCAGAGUUGGCCUUCAUUAAAGAACCCAGUGAUGUCAUCGCAGUGAGGGACCGCCCCCUCAUGCUGGACUGUCAGGUAGAGGGGGAGGGGCCUAUCACCAUCACCUGGCGGCGGAACGGUGUUCCCGUUCCUCUGGGAGCCAGAGCAGCCGUGCUGGAUAACGGGACGCUCCUGAUCCGGAGCUUCCAGAAACGGCGUGAUGGAGAUGAGAGUGACGCGGGAGAGUACGACUGUGCAGCACAGAACAGAUAUGGUCUGCUCAUCAGCCGCAAAGCACACGUGCAGCUGGCCUCACUUCCCAAGUUCCACACGCACCCAGAAUCCAUGAGUGUGGACGAGGGCGGCGUCGCUCGAUUUCACUGCGCCGUCAGCGGUGUCCCAGAGGCCAACAUCACCUGGGAAAGAAACAGAACGACUCUCAACGCUGAUGAUAACAGGUACACUCUCCUGCCCAACGGUAUCCUGCACAUCACAGGUGUGCGUCAGGCUGACAGUGGCAGCUACCGAUGCGUCGCUAAAAACAUCGCAAACACUCGCUACAGCCACGAGGCCCAGCUGUCAGUCACAGUCGCAGCUAAUCGUCUCUAUAAGGAGCCAGUGAUUCUCUCUGGGCCGCAGAAUCUCACUCUGAACAUUCACCAGACCGCCAUCCUGGAGUGCAUCGCCACCGGAAACCCGCGGCCCAUCGUGUCCUGGAGCAGGCUGGACGGUCGCUCCAUCGGCGUGGAGGGCAUCCAGGUGUUGGGCACAGGUAACCUCAUCAUCUCAGACGUGUCUCUGCAGCACUCAGGUGUGUACGUCUGUUCUGCUAACCGACCCGGAACCAGGAUGAGGAGAACCGCGCUGGGACGACUGGUGGUGCAGGCUCCUCCAGAGUUCCUGCAGUGGCCUCAGUCCGUGUCGAAGCCUGCGGGCAGCAGUGUCGUCUUCACCUGUCAGGCUCAAGGUGUUCCUGAUCCACAUCUCAUCUGGCUGAAGAACGGCAAGCUCCUCACGCCUGGAGACCACGUCAAACUCACCAACAACAACAGCACGCUGGCAGUGACACGCAUCACGGCUGAAGAUGAAGCCAUCUAUCAGUGCAUCGCGGAGAACAGCGCAGGAACCAACCAGGCCAGCGCUCGUCUCGCCGUCUCUCUGUCCCUCGAUCUCCCAGAAGCCCCUCAGGACCUGACGGUCACGCCGCUGUCCAGCUCUUCUCUACGGGUGCGCUGGACACAGCCGGACACACACGUGACGGACGGCAUCAUCGGAUACGUGCUGCACAUCCGGAAGCUGGGCGAGCCGGACAGCAGCGAGCUUCAGGAAGCCGUGAGCAAAGACACGUUUCAGCACGACUUCACGAACCUGGAGGCCUCCACCACCUUCUCCAUCUAUGUGAAAGCGUAUUCACCGCUGGGAGCCAGUCAGCAGUCCGACAGCGUCAUCGCCACCACACACGGAGCCGUUCCCACGAUGCCCAGCUUCUUCUCCAAGGUUCUGAACAGCACAGCGAUGCAGGUGUUCUGGGAGCUUCCAGCUAAAGCCGGUCGAGUGGAGGGAUACACACUCUCUCUCCGCAAGCUUCCACAGCAAGAGUUCAGACACCAGGAGCGAUUCCCCGCUCACAUCAACACACACACCAUCUCCAACCUGGAAGCGUCAGCGGUGUAUGAGAUCCAGCUCAUAGCCUUCAACGGGAACGGUGAUAGCAUUGGCAACAAACGGCUCGUCUCAUUGGCUGAGACUGAAAAGAGCGGGAAAGAGGCAGCAGCGGGUGAGAGUGUGUGUGACUGUGGUCAGGAUGAUGGGGGCUCCAUGACGGCUCUGGUGGUGGGGAUCCACAUCGGCAUGGCCUGCAUCAUAUUCUGCGCUCUCUUCCUGAUGUUUGGCUAUCGACACAGCUCCUUCUGUCAGAAGGGUUCUCCGGGUGACUGGAGUCUCUCAGCAGGACCGAGUGUUUCUCAGAGAGACGCCGCAGCUAAAGAAGCCAGCAUCCGAGCGGCCGACGCUAUCGAGCUCACAGCACAGGCUUCUCCAGCGGAGCGUCCAGCAGCGGUUCCUCAGUGUCAGGUGAUGAUUGAACCUCAGUCGGUCCAUCCGCCGGACACAGACCCUGGCACCGGAUGAGACACCCGCUUCAGCUGUACAGAGACCGCUUCUCUCUCACCAAAGCCUUACACUGAGCUCACACACACACACACACACACACACACACACACACACACGGCAUGCUGCAUCUGUUCCAAACCUGAGUGACCUACACAGACAACAUCCUAACCAUCAUGCAUCACCACACAGGAGUGUUUAGGAGUUUCACAGUUAGCACAAACACACACACAUAAACUGGGAGGAAUGGUCAGAAUUCCCUAAACUUUAUUCCCAGUGCUUUCUAGGAUUGCAGUAGGUCAUGGGUUCUAUUCCCAGGGAAUUAAUACCUUGAAUUCAUUAGAUAUACAAGCAUCUGCCAAAUGCAUAAAUGUAAAGGAGGCAUCUGAUGCUUUAAAAAAAAACAUUUAUUUAACCAGGCAACUUAAUUAAGGUCAUUAGAUGUCUUAUAAGACAGAUUAAUACAACUAAGCUUACUAGGUCUGGAACAGAACUCAUUUGAUGAAAUAUUGCUAAGAGUAAGAUUUCAAACAAAGCUCUGCUAGUUGAACUAACAUAUAACAAACUGAACUUUAUCCUGUUAAACCAAAAACACAUGUUCUAUGUGACUGAACAGAUGAAGAGUUAGUCUGUUAUAGUAUUAGAUGGGUGUGUGUCGUGUGAUUGGACAUUAUUCACUACAUGUACAGCUGAAGCCCCGCCCUCUCCACUAAGCCCCUCCCACUCCACAUAAACUCUCUGUGUGUCCAGAGCCGUGCCUCGUCUGACCGUCCUGCUGCUGCUGGGAAAACACUCUACCUCAUCCACACGUGUCUUCAAACGGGUCCUCUGGGGUCCGUCAGAACCUCCCAGAGCUCUGCUGUGACUGUUGAUGUUUUAUGAGACUCUUCUCAGAUUUCGUGAUGAGACGAAGCUUCUGUGAAAGUCGAGGGAUGUCCAAAGAACUUCUGCUUCUCUUUUCUCUCUUCGCGAUGUUCCACAAACACAGAUGUUUCCUUUCCGUUCGUUUAUAAAAUUGUUUUCCAUACGGCAAAAAAUAUAGAUUUUUUUAUAUAUAUUUUUAAAUAUGUGCC